UAAAAGGCGCAGGCGCGGCCGUGUGCACAAAUACUUACACCGGGCGGCGCGUGCGUGAAGCCGCUCGGAGUGAAAGAUGCAGAGCUCGAACUUCCGUCUGGAUGAUUUCCUCGCGGGAUGGAUCGGCGGAGCCUCCAGCGUGGUGGUGGGACAUCCGCUGGACACAGUCAAGACCCGACUGCAGGCGGGAAAAGGCUACGGGAGCACUCUGCACUGCAUCCUCUCCAUCUACAGGAAGGAAACGGUGGCGGGCUUUUUCAAAGGCAUGUCGUUCCCGCUGGCCAGCAUCACCGUCUACAACUCCGUUGUGUUCGGGUUCUUCAGCAACGCGCAGAGGUUCAUCAGCACCUAUCGCUACGGCGACGGGCGCCACCCCUGCAGCCUGCUGGACCUGACGGCGGCCAGCAUGCUGACGGGGAUGGUGUCGGUGGGUCUGGGGGCGCCGGUGGACCUGGUCAAGAUCAGGCUGCAGAUGCAGACGCAGACGGUUCUGGCAGAGAACCUGAGCUUUGCCGGAAACGUGGCGAGCGGCUCCGACAUCCCCCUGCGCUCCGUCUCCGUCUCCAACCAGCAGCUCUACCGGGGGCCCAUCCACUGCGUCAGCAGCAUCCUGCAGACCCAGGGCGUCCAGGGCCUGUACCGGGGGGCCGGCGCCAUGGUCCUGAGGGACGUGCCGGGGUACGCGCUCUACUUCAUCCCUUACUCCGUCUUCUGUCGGCUGCUGACGCCGGAGAGCUCGGCGGGUCCUCAUCCCUGCUCCAUCUGGCUGGCUGGAGGUCUGGCAGGGUCCAUCUCCUGGGUCACGGCGACGCCGGCGGACGUGGUGAAGAGUCGCAUGCAGGCCGACGCCCAGCUGCACAGGAAGUACCGGGGCCUCCUGCACUGCAUCCUGCACUGCUACAGGAGCGAGGGUGCUCAGGUCUUCUUCAGAGGAGCGACCGUCAACGCCAUCCGAGGCUUUCCCAUGAGCUCCACCAUGUUCCUGACCUACGAACUUUCCCUGCAGUUCUUCAGGAGCUUUUAGGGACGCCAGCAGGAAGUGAAGGACAGUCGCCGUUUUGGUGCAAAGCAGGAAGGGCUUUGUUACCGUGACAACGGAGGGGGGCAGAGUCACACAAAGGAAACUGCCACAGAUGUUUUUUUAAAGCCCCGUUUCCAACGUAUUCUUUCCAGCUGUAAUCCAUGUGUUGAUCAUGAGAGUCGGACCCCAGAAGUCUGGGAAGACGGUCCAAACCCGGCAGAUGGUUGGUGCCGGACGCUCAUGAGACCAGACUGGCUUACAGAUAAAGACGGUCGGAACCACUGACUGGAUCUGAGAACCGGACUGAGUGGGACGGCGUCCAUAGAAAACGAUUUACUUCCUGUUCCAACCAGGUCAAGUCGUUUUUUUUGAUAAUACAGACGCCGCCAUGUUAGUCGCCAGGUCAGGCGAUGUCAGUCAGCUGUGAUUGGUCCGAGCCAAUCUGAAUUUCUAUGGCAACCACUCUCAGCAAUCGGGAUCGAGCUUGUUGAUAGGCCACACCCCUAGCAGUUGGAAGCGGUUAGACGAAAUAUGUCUAUCAAUCUUUUGAACGUUGGACCUGGGGGCAAGGAGGCUCCGCCUACUUUUAUUAAGCCCUCUGAUUGAUCAGUUUAUAACUAGAAUAAUUGAACUACAGUAUCAGAGAAAGAAUGGUUGGGGAGGGGCACUCAGUCCAGUUCUCAUUUACAGUCCAGCAGAAAGGGAAGGAAAGGACUUCAAUCAGUUUGUGGCUUCACAUAAAAGUUAUGUAAGAAGGAAUUUACUAUGCUUUGAUCUGCACUUGUCUAGGCAAUAACCGCAUAAAUUCAGUGAUGUAUUACAUCCUAAAGCUUGUUACAACGAUGGCAGUUUUCCAAUAGAAGCAUUAAUUAUAACUUUGGGAUGUUUUUGAACUUGGUGAACUCCUUCUGGAGUGAAGAAAGGGACUUACAGGAUAUUCUCACGUCUCAUGUGGAGCCAUUUCAUUUUAAUUACUGACAUUUACCCAUAACGUUUAAACUCUGCCAGAAAAACAGGAAAAAAGGAGGAUCUCUGGAAGAUGUGGCCUUCACAAUCCAAAUGUGAAGCUUCCCCUUUUUUCUUUUUUACUGGAUUGAUCUGACUUUUUUUAUUUCAUCUGUUUUACCUUCUUGCUUUUAUAAACAAUUUACUGACAAUUUUAGAGGAUUUGUUGAAGCUAGAAUCAUCAUCCAUCCUGCCACAUUUCUUGUUUCUUAUAUUAAGAAGAUCUGUUUGUGUUGUUUUUACCUGAAUGUAACACUUUAAAAAAAGGGAACUAUUUGAAAUAGUUUGGUGUAAAUGUUUGUAAAUACAUCAAUGACGACGUCUUAUUGCACACAAAUAAAGCUUUAGAAGAAA